UAUCGACUCCAUUGGGCUCUCUCACUUUCCAAAAUGCAGUCCUUGCUGUAUGCCGGUCUGUUGUUUCUCAGUGCAGCUCAACCAGUGAGAACGAGCUACCUAGGAUGUUUCCGGUCAGCUUUAACCGGUAAAUCCUUCACCAGUCACCAGAAAAUGUAUGCAGACGUUUGCAGACAGUUUUGUGAAAAGCAGAAUGCCAAAUAUUAUGGAACACAUAAUGGGAUUGACUGCACUUGUGGAGAUCUUGCACCUGUAUAUAGAAAACAAGAGAAGGACUGUCGAUCACCAUGCAGAGGAAUACAAAAUCAGUUUUGUGGUGGAGCUGGUACUGAAAGCGUCUACAUAAACCACAACUACUCUAAUGGAUAUUUGGGGUGUUUCCAAGAGGAGUCUGAUUCAACACCGAAUUUCAAAAACACUUCAUCGAAAUCCAUGACCGUGGAACUGUGUAAAGAAUUUUGUCAGAAGCAAGAUGUUCCAUUCUACGCCCUACAGGCUGGUCAUAAAUGUUUCUGUAGAAGUUCUCCGUUGCCGACCGUCAAGAAACCCGACGGGGACUGUCGUAUCAAAUGUAGUGGAAACGAGAAAGAUUUUUGUGGAGGGAAAAGGAUGAUUAGCAUUCAUAAGAAUUCUCACUAUGAAAAAGGCUACCUAGGAUGUUUCCGGUCAGCUUUAACCGGUAAAUCCUUCACCAGUCACCAGAUAAUGUAUGUGGACGUUUGCAGACAGUUUUGUGAAAAGCAGAAUGCCAAAUAUUAUGGAAUACAUAAUGGGAUUGACUGCACUUGUGGAGAUCUUGCACCUGUAUAUAGAAAACAAGAGAAGGACUGUCGAUCGCCAUGCAGAGGAAUACAAAAUCAGUUUUGUGGUGGAGCUGGUACUGAAAGCAUUUAUAUAAACCGCAACUACUCUAAUGGAUAUUUGGGGUGUUUCCAAGAGGAGUCUGAUUCAACACCGAAUUUCAAAACAAUUUCAUCAAAAUCCAUGACCGUGGAACUGUGUAAAGAAUUUUGUCAGAAGCAAGAUGUCCCAUUCUACGCCCUACAGGCUGGCCAUAAAUGUUUCUGUAGAAGUUCUCCGUUGCCGACCGUCAAGAAACCCGACGGGGACUGUCGUAUCAAAUGUAGUGGAAACGAGAAAGAUUUCUGUGGAGGGAAAAGGAUGAUUAGCAUUCAUAAGAAUUCUCACUAUGAAAAAGGUUACCUAGGAUGUUUCCGGUCAGCUUUAACCGGUAAAUCCUUCACCAGUCACCAGAAAAUGUAUGCGGACGUUUGCAGACAGUUUUGUGAAAAGCAGAAUGCCAAAUAUUAUGGAAUACAUAUUGGGAUUGACUGCACUUGUGGAGAUCUGGCACCUGUAUAUAGAAAACAAGAGAAGGAUUGUCGAUCGGGAUGCAGAGGAAUAAAAAAUCAGUUUUGUGGUGGAGCUGGUACUGAAAGCAUUUAUAUAAACCGCAACUACUCUAAUGGAUAUUUGGGGUGUUUCCAAGAGGAGUCUCAUCCAACACCGAAUUUCAAAAACACUUCAUCGAAAUCCAUGACCGUGGAAUUGUGUAAAGAAUUUUGUCAGAAGCAAGAUGUUCCAUUCUACGCCCUACAGGCUGGCCAUAAAUGUUUCUGUAGAAAUUCUCCGUUGCCGACCGUAAAGAAACCCGACGGGAACUGUCGUAUCAAAUGUAGUGGAAACGAGAAAGAUUUUUGUGGAGGGAAAAGGAUGAUUAGCAUUCAUAAGAAUUCUCACUAUGAAAAAGGUUACCUAGGAUGUUUCCGGUCAGCUUUAACCGGUAAAUCCUUCACCAGUCACCAGAAAAUGUAUGCGGACGUUUGCAGACAGUUUUGUGAAAAGCAGAAUGCCAAAUAUUAUGGAAUACAUAAUGGGAUUGACUGCACUUGUGGAGAUCGUGCACCUGUAUACAGAACAAUAGAGAAGGACUGUGGAUCGGGAUGCAGAGGAAUAACAAAUCAGUUUUGUGGUGGACCUGGUACUCAAAGUAUCUAUAUAAACCGCAAUUACGAUAAUGAUUGUGUUAAGACAGCUGAUGGUCGUGAUUAUGACGGCAAGUGGAAUAAAACUCACAGUGGCAGGACAUGUCAAUCUUGGUCUUCUCUAUAUCCACAUAAACAUAGAUUUACUUACCUCCCUCACAACUACUGUCGUAACCCCGAUGGAGAACCUCAGAUCUGGUGUUACACGACGGAUCCCAAAAAACGCUGGGAGUUAUGUGGUCUUCCUAUGUGUGCAAUGAAAAAAGAAGUUUUAAAAGAUUGUGUUAAGACAGCUGAUGGUCGUGAUUAUGACGGCAAGUGGAAUAAAACUCACAGUGGCAGGACAUGUCAAUCUUGGUCUUCUCUAUAUCCACAUAAACAUAGAUUUACUUACCUCCCUCACAACUACUGUCGUAACCCCGAUGGAGAACCUCAGAUCUGGUGUUACACGACGGAUCCCAAAAAACGCUGGGAGUUAUGUGGUCUUCCUAUGUGUGCAAUGAAAAAAGAAGUUUUAAAAGAUUGUGUUAAGACAGCUGAUGGUCGUGAUUAUGACGGCAAGUGGAAUAAAACUCACAGUGGCAGGACAUGUCAAUCUUGGUCUUCUCUAUAUCCACAUAAACAUAGAUUUACUUACCUCCCUCACAACUACUGUCGUAACCCCGAUGGAGAACCUCAGAUCUGGUGUUACACGACGGAUCCCAAAAAACGCUGGGAGUUAUGUGGUCUUCCUAUGUGUGCAAUGAAAAAAGAAGUUUUAAAAGAUUGUGUUAAGACAGCUGAUGGUCGUAAUUAUAACGGCAAGUGGAAUAAAACUCACAGUGGCAGGACAUGUCAAUCUUGGUCUUCUCUAUAUCCACAUAAACAUAGAUUUACUUACCUCCCUCACAACUACUGUCGUAACCCCGAUGGAGAACCUCAGAUCUGGUGCUACACGACGGAUCCCAAAAAACGCUGGGAGUUAUGUGGUCUUCCUAUGUGCAAUCGUGGUUAGAGACGCCUCUUGGGGUCUUCCUCCACAACAUUGUUUUCAAGUCGCGAGCUACUUGUAUAUUUAUCUCUAAUAAACCGGUUGAUAACUACUCAACACA